GAAACUCUCAAAAUGUUGAAAUAAUUACUUUCGGACGCUUCCGAACCUGGCUUUGUCUUUCUCGAAAGUCACUAUGCCUCCCAAAACUGCGUCGAAAGUCACAAAGCGCUGUGAUCAUGCCGUCCUCACGUACUGCUCGACUUCUCACGCGGACGAGGUUAAGUUCAAGCGGCAAACAUUAGAACAGAGGCUAGCUGCUACAACAGCGAGGGGCACUUUGAAAUCAGCGUCCGAUGCAGCUAUUGAAUGCUCAGGAGAAUUUCCUGCCCCUCUCAUCUUGCCAGAUGACGACUUGGCACAGGAUCCUAAACAUCCAACUCAGAGUCUGAAAUCAUGGAUGCAAGGGAAUUAUCGAAAUAAAGUCACGCCAGAGCGAAAGACAAUCUACUUGGCUAUGCCGCCUGAAUAUGAUGAUGACAUGGACUCCGUCAAGAAGUGGGCACAUCCUCGCCAAAAGAAGAUUUCAGGGAUCGAGCAACCAAAAGCUCAAGAUGUGCUAGAAUACCUGCAAGCCUUCUACCAUGGACUGCCUGUCAAGCUAUUCCCUUCUGAAACACUGCGUUUCACGUCCGAGGUUGGAGAUAUGGAUGACAUGUCGGCAGCCGACAAAAAGCGCCAAUUGAUAGGUCUCAAUUUCAAGAACGGCUACGCAAGCAAAGGAAUACGUACUCGUCCUAGACCGAAAGGAGAUUACUCUCAUCAGCUGAAUCUAGACGAUUUGCUAGUCGCAGCUAUAUGGGCAUUACCAGAAGAUGCCUAUGCUCUGAUGAUGCUCGUUGAGCAUGAUAUGUAUGAGGAUGAGGAAGACGAAUUUGUGUGUGGGAGAGCUUAUGGCGGUUCGAGAGUGGCGGUCAUCACUACUGCGAGGUACAAUCCCGUGCUGGACAAGAAACAAGGAGUUACGAGAGAGCAUGCUUGGCCUGCUUCUCACUGCAAAGCAUAUCUGGAUACCAUGCUUGACUAUGAGGCAGAUAAUGGCAAGAAGAAAAAGGCAAAAUCAGACAGUACCGUGGUAGUAGAGGAAACGCCCUUGCAAGCAGCAGUCGCAGCUCACUACUCGCGCCCAAGCCUCGAAGCUUCGCCCUCUCCAACUUCUUUAUCAGGUCUGUGGCUAGGUCGAGUCUGCCGAACAGUAAGCCACGAACUUGGCCAUUGUUUUGGUAUGGGGCAUUGUGUUUACUAUGCUUGCUCUAUGCAGGGAAGUGCUUCAAUCGAAGAAGACGCCAGACAGCCCCCAUACCUGUGCCCCGUGGACUUGGCAAAGGUGCUUCAUGGUACUGGUUCGAAUAUGAAGGAGCGAUAUCAUGCACUUUUAGGGUUCUGUGAUAAGUAUAACGAUGUGCAUCUGUUUGCUUCUUAUGGAGCAUGGAUCCGUGGCAGGCUGAAGAAGUUGAAGGGAGUGGAUGAAGAGGGUACAGAAGCGAAUCCAUUGAUCUUGGAUAGCGAUUAAGAGACACUCGAAGGUGGUCUUAAUAUGGGCUUCCCAUUUACGGCACUGAUAAGUGCAUAAUUUACAAUGAGCAGUCCCCCAUGUUCAAACUACAUUCAGAC